AUGGUGGUCGCCGCUCAUUAUAUUGAUGAGAACUGGAAGCUAUGGAAUCUUGCUGUUGCUGCGGUGGAGAUUGAAGGAGACCACAGUGGGCAGAACCUUGAACAAUAUCUGUUUGAAGUUUUAGAGAAGUUCAAUAUAUUGGACAAGCUCUUUUGCAUUACAGGUGACAAUGCUUCGACGAACGGCACAAUUGCAAUGUAUUUGGAGCAACGGCGUAUUAUUCCUGGAUUUACCAGGAGUGACAAUAUGAUUGGCUGUAUGGCGCAUGUUAUCAAUCUGAUAGCAAAUGCUGGUAGUAAGCUACUUGGAGCUUUUGAUCAGCAACCCAAUCAUAACAUUGUUGAGAUCAUCAACCCAAUGUCCGUCGAUGCGCUAAGUCUGGAUCGAGAUAUUGAAAUCGAAAAAGCGGGUACGAUUGUUCGUAGAGUUCGUGACUUCACGAAAUAUAUUAACGGCUCGCCACAGCAAAUGCAAAACUUUAGAAAACUUGCGGAUGUAGUCGCAGCAGAUGUUACUGCGAAGAAGCUGGUACAAGAUGUGUCAACGCGGUGGAAUUCGACUUGGGCAAUGUUGAAGCGUGCAUUUUUACUUCGCAAAGUCAUUGGAGCCUACAUAGACAGCGGCUCCGAGCUUCGGAAGUAUGCGCUUGAAGAACAUGAAUGGGCUCUUGUGCACGAAGUUAUUAAGCUGCUUGAACCGUUAGAAGAGGCUACGGUGUUGUUGUCAUCUGCAAAGUAUCCUUAUGGCAGCUGCACCAGUAUACUCCAUGCUAUUGGAGAGCAUUCAAGCGACUCUUCGUUCAUAUGA